AUGAAGAACUUUGUAACUCGGAAAACCUCGCAUGGCUUACUGAAACGACAUUCAGAUACCCAACUUGCUGAGAGGGCUGAUGAAAAUUGUGAACCAGCAGAUCCUGCCAACACCGUAACUGACAGGUUGAACACAUUGCUUCAGAAUUCGGGCGAUGGCUAUGUCCUGAGCUUAUGUCCAUCUCAGACUUACAUGAUACAAGCGCCUAUCCUAUUCGCACAUCCCAACCAAGAGAUAAGCACCCUUGGUUACCCCAGAGAUAACACAAGAGCUGUAAUCUCCGUCGCAGGGCCUGUAAUGAACGGGCAAGGUCAUACAACGGCGGUCGAUGGAACGUGCAGUACUUGUUCAGGGGUCAAGCUGAGGAAUGUUCAAAUUGACGGUGCCAGGCGAGGAGCUGCCCCUACGAACGGCGGCGGAAAUAUUGAAAUGGGGGGAGGCAACUCAAACCAAUUAAUCGAAUUCGUACAUUCUUGGGAUCCAAGAAGUUGGACUUGUCUCCACAUUGCAGAAGGUCCCUUAAGCUGUAGUGGGGUCACCAUUCAAAACAACGAUAUUGGUCCUUGUGGUUCAGAUGCCUUUCAAGAAUGGGCCGACGGGAUCAGUGUUAGCUGCCGGGAUUCUGUAGUCCGCAAUAACAUGAUUCAAGAUCCUACUGAUGGAGGUAUCGUCGUAUUUGGGUCCCCUGGGACACAGGUCUACAACAAUACCAUCUGGAUUCUUAAUGCAACAUUGUUAGGCGGGAUCAACCUUGUUGAUUAUGACCCUUGGAAUGGGGAUUUCACGAGUACAGUUGUUCGCGAUAAUGUCAUUUUGGGUGGUUUCGCGACAGAUGAGCCAGAUAAUGAUACCAAGGGAAACAAUGCUGAGAAUGCUAUCAUCAAGAUUGGAAUAGCUAUUGGGCCGAAGACCUGGUUCGGCGAUAGAUACGGCAAUAACGUGGUCAAGAAUGGGGUCGUACAAAACAACAAAUUGUCUGGGGCUUUCAGCUACGGGAUAGCCGCUACAUCUGCCACCAAUUUUACAAUCCAAGGAAAUGCGAUGUUUGGAAAUACUUCAUUCAUUGGUGCUCGUGGCCCCCUUUGCACGGACAGUGAUGUAGUCCCUACACCAGGUCCCUUUAUUUUGGACCCGACUACAACGACGGAUAUGUCUGUACAAUCUGACUUUCAGCACAGCAAUGAAGCCGAUGCCUUCACCUGUGUUCUUCCUCCCAAUGGAGGCGACUUCUGGCCUUUUGGUCUCAACCCUUCCAACUCUUCUACCUCUGCAGGCACCAAUGGCACCAAACCCACUUCUGGAAACACCGCUGGGGUUGCAAUAGGAGUCAUUGUAGCAGUGAUCGCAACUGCCAUCAUAACAUGGUUUGCUCGGAAAAAAAUUAUCGCUCAUCGGGAAGCCGCCCAUCAUUUCAAAGCUACAAAACAAACGGAGUACAACCAGAAAAUUUAA